AUAUUCGUCAGUCGAAUCAGUCGAAUCAGUCGAAUACAAUAAAUAACAACGAAACAACUAAAAUAAUUUACUAAAACAAAAUGCCACCAAAGAAAAAGGGAAAGGGUAAGAAAAAGGAUAAGAAGGAUCCAAAUAAACUAACCAUGGUGGACCGCACCUUCUAUGAGCUGACCAUAACCGAUUUGAAUCAGAAGCUGUCACGUCUGCGUUCCCAUGUGGCUGGACUGGAUGAAUCGAAUGUUGGCUUGUCGGAGAAGCUGCGUGAAGUUGAGGUGGAUCGGACCGAUGUGGCUGCCCAUUUGGAACGCAUGUUGGCCGACCGUAACAAUAGCAUAACCGAACUGGAGGAACGUCUGGUAGAGAUAUCCAAAGUGCGUGAGGAUGAGAAUCGUAGUGCCGAAGAGAAGAUAUCCGAGCUAGAGACCAAAUAUAAAGCCAUGCACGAUCAACUUAGUUCGGAGAUAAAGUUGCUCAAUGGUAAACUAAAUUCAUUGGACGAGUUUCGUAUACAACGUGAUGUAUUAUUGGCCAAAUUCGAUAGCCAAGAGGCCGAUCUCAAGGAAAAGGAAAAAGAACAAAAAGAGGCUCUCUACAAUAUGGAACAGAAGGCCGUGGUCGAAAAGGAUGCCCUCAAGAAGGAAGUCGAACAGAAAUUACUUCAAGUAUCCGAAGACUUUACACGUUCCAGUGAAAUACGAAAUGCCGGAUAUACACGACGUUUGAUACGUGAGAAUAUAGCCCUGCAAAGGGAGAUUGAUUCGCUGGUUACAUCCCAAAUCAAGUUGCAGCAACAAUUCAGCAGUCAAAAGGAAAAGCACAAAGAGAUCGAAGAGCAAUACAGUGCUCUGGAACAAAUCAAAAACGAAUUGGUACACAAUUCGGUGACCAAACUCAAAAUAAUCGAAGCUCUAACCUCGAACUAUGAGAAACUGAAGGCAAAAUAUGUUGAAAAUUUACGCUUCCGCAAGGCCUAUGAAUCCCAACAACAGACCGAUCAGAGUGAGCAGUUGAAGCAGAAGAAUGCAGUAGCUAAAUUGGAAGAUUUGACCAAGCAAAUAGAUAUACUCACCUUGGAGAAUAAGCAUCUGGUGGUAAUACAUGAACACAAUGAACGCGAACUCUUGCGUCUCUGGAGCGUUGUCCAUCAAAUAAAGGUUACGGUACGGGAUGCCAUUGUAGCCGAACAAAGUGCCACACUGUUUCCCCAACGACUGAUCGAUGCCAAAGUGGAUCCACCGGAAGUUAUUCAAGAAGUCCAGGAAGAUGCCAAGGCUUUCUGCAAGCUGACACGCAUGGAUUUGCUGUCCAAACUAAUGGACCUUGUUAGUUCACACUCUGAGGAAAUGCCGCGUCCUGCCUCAAUUGGUGGCACUUCUAUGGCUCUAUAUGCCCCCGGAAAAAUGGGCUUCAUGCCACAACAAUCAAAGGCCGCAAGCAAUGACAAGAACCGCACUGGAGUUGUUCCCAAACAACUAGUUGAUCCUUUACAACAGGAUGACGAGCAGAUGACUGGACAGGCACAGAAAAUACAACAUGGCAAUGAGUAUUCCAUUAUCGAUGUCGAACUUGGUGCCACUUUGUAUGUUUCGACAUCGCGUGAAGAAGAAUUUGUGGAAAUGGAAGAGGAGAACCCCGAAGAGUCAGAUGCCAAGAAGGAGGCACCACAACCAUCAGGGGCAGGAGCACCAAAUGCAGCGAUCCCAACUAAAACUCCAAUUCCCGAAGUCUCUAGUGAUCACAAAUCAUCUCGCAGUGUCGCUGGCCACGAGACUCAAAGUACAACCCAAACUGGUGAAGAGCAGACUAUCGAAGAGGAAGGAGAUUUCGAUAUAAAUCUUUUCUAUUAAUGAGACUUAUAUAGAAAAUGAUUAUAACUAUAUUUGUAUAACUGAAUAAAACUUUCGAUUCGACGAAUACAA